AUGGCAGUGCACAGGCGGAGAAUCCUGUUCUUCACGAAUAGCGACUUCGGCCAAGCAAAUGUCGUUCUUGCUUCGGUUUAUGCCAUGAUGCACGUUGCGACGGAUCUUGAGAUACAUAUUGCGUCCUUCCACCCACUUGAGGGGGCUGUGCGCGAGUUAUCAGACAAGGCUGUGAAACAGAAUCCGCCUAAGAUGGAGCAAGAACGGGUUAUCUUCCAUGGAAUUGAUGGUCUGUCACAGUUCGACGCAGCCAAACGUCCGGAAGUGGGUGUAUUGGAGGCAUACGAUUUGACGCCGGGCUUGGUGAAUUCGGCACGCAAUAUCCUCAUCAUACCAGGAAUUAUGUUACCUUGGGAACCUCAUGAGUUCGGUGCCAUCUACCUCCAGGCUGAGAAGAUCCUCAGUGAUGUCAACCCUGAUAUCACCGUGGUCGAUCCGCUUUUUGCACCUGGCUUGACGUUGUGCCAAUAUCUUGACAUUAACUGGAUCGUGCUAGCACCCAAUACAAUCAAGGACUUUGCUGUACCCCUACAGCCAGGGCUCGCUAUGCUGUGGAAAUAUCCCAUUGUGUGCGCUGCGCUCCCAUUUCCUCUUCCUAUACAACUCAUUCCUUACAAUAUCCUCCUCGUUCUGGUGGCAGGAUAUAUGCUUCUAACAGAUCAGAGACUGAAGAGAACCUCACAGUAUAUCCAUAAAGAAAUCAGUCCGGCUACAAAUAUCAUGACUGCCAACGAACUCGGUGUGCUCAAACCGGCUCCGCCAGGUUUACGGAUCCUUGCUGCCAGUAGUCCAGAACUCGACUACCCAUUCACAGUUUUACCUAAGCACGUUGUCCAUUGUGGGCCGAUCAUACGCGCGGCUCCCAGCAUAGGCAGCUCUGACCCUUCUCUGGAACAGUGGCUGAAGAAAGGACCGACUGUGUAUGUCAACUUGGGCACGCACUUGAAAAUGAAUGUCUCGGAGGCUGCGGAGAUGGCCAAAGCAUUUCGAGAUCUGCUGAGCCACGCUCAGGCGGCAGGCUUUGAGGAAUGGCGGAAAUUGCAGAUCCUGUGGAAACUACAGCGAAAGCCCCCUGCUGAUACUGAACUUGAACCCAACGAUUUCUCGGGCGCCUGGUCGAGCGUUUGCAACACGCUAGGCCCGGAGAUGGAUGCAGAUCGUGUCCGGAUCACGAAUUGGAUCACUGCCGAGCCCUUCUCCGUACUUGAUUCUGGCCAUGUGGUCUGUUCCGUGCAUCACGGUGGUGCGAAUUCCUUCAACGAAUCAAUAUGUGCUGGAGUGCCACAAGUCCUUCUCCCGGCAUGGGCGGACUGCUAUGAUUUUGGGAACCGUGUCGAAAUAUUGGGCGUCGGCCAAUGGGCGAACAAGAAAGCAAAACCUCGAUGGGAGGGGGGUGAGCUAGCCCAGUCACUGAUAGAAACUUUGCUAGGACCCAAAGCGGAGGAGAUUCGCAGGCGCGCAAGAGAUCUUGCCGCGCGUUUCCCUGCCAACACUGGCCGUGAAAGAGCGGCAAGCGAGAUAUUGUCAGCAAUAAAGACAGUUUAA